GAAAGUCUCGCAUCGCGCGCAGAAUAAGAUUCACUAAUAAAACUAGAAUCGGACAAACUUCAAAGAGGAAAUAACAUCAGUAUUAAAAAUAUAGAUAUUUCACCAACGUGUUUAAGAAUAAAUAUCUCACUAUGCCAAAAACUGAAGAUCUUUCUACACUUUCGGCAGAAAAAUUACAGGAGUUUUUAUCAUCUUUCGACACAGUUUUAUCCGACAUUGAUGGAGUCGUAUGGCAAAUUGGUCAUCCUAUCGAGGGCGCUUUUGAAUCUUUAGCGUCAUUGCAAAAAUUGGGAAAAAAGAUAUAUUUAGUGACGAAUAAUACCGAAAAUUCGGAUGAAACUUAUAUUGAAAGAGCUCAAUGUGCUGGUUUGCAUUUGAAUCCAGAUGAUAUAAUUACUAUCGUCAAAGUGAUGAUCUGGUACUUGAAUAAGAUCAAUUUUCACGACAAAAUUUUCGCCAUCUGUUCGGAUGAAUCGCGGAAUAUUUUAAGAAAAGCAGGAAUACGAUUAACGACAGAGGAACCAAAAACUCACGAUAAAAAUCCUACUGCGACUGUAAAGGAUGUCAUAGAUCGACCAUCUGUGAAAGCUGUAAUUCAUGAUUUCGAUACUAAGUGUAACUGGUCAAAAUUAGCUUUGGCCGUAUCAUGCCUUGAACGUGAAGAUGUAUUAUUUCUAGCAGGGGCAGUAGAAGAAUGGAUACAUGUAGACGCAGUACCUUCUAAAAUAAGAAUCUUAGGUUCUGGACCGCUCAUACGCCUUGUCAGCGAACAAAGCGGAAGAAAGCCAAUUGUAUGUGGCAAACCCGGCAAAAUUUUGAAAGACUAUAUUUUCGAUACUUACAACUUGACCGAACCACAAAAAUGUUUAUUCAUUGGCGAUACGAUUAAUCAGGAUAUGAGAUUUGCCUCUAUAUGUGGAUUUAAGAAACUUUUAGUUGGCACUGGAGGUGAUUCUCUAGAAAAAGCACAAAAAGAGAUCGAUACCUAUCCUGAUUACUAUCUUCCUGCUUUAAGCCAGCUAUUUUCCACACACAAAAAUUUACAAUUUUUACGUACUAUCAAUCAAGAGGACAACUAAUCCACAUAUCCUUAAAAAAAUAAUAAUAAAUCAAUCUCAUAUUGUAAGGCACUAUCUGUCGUUAAAUUGGCAGCAAUUAAUUUACAAAAAGUUAUUAUAGAGAAUAGUUAUAUCUGUAGUGUUAAAUUGUGUUGAAAUGUAUUUUUUAAAACAAAUAAUUAUCUUGUAACAAUUA